AGUGUGGGUGUUUCAGUGUCGUCCGCCAUUAUUCUACGUAUUAUAUUUUAUUGUAAUUUUUUGCUGUUUCGGAUUGAACUAUUUUCGAAACAAAGAAAUUAACUAUUUUCUAUAUCUUCUAUUAAGCUAUUAUUUUGGUUGGAACAUAUUUAUUUAGUAAUAAUGAAUCCAGAAUACGAUUAUUUGUUUAAACUACUCCUCAUCGGCGAUUCAGGUGUGGGCAAGUCUUGUCUUCUACUCAGAUUUGCUGAUGACACAUACACAGAAAGUUACAUUAGCACUAUAGGUGUGGAUUUUAAAAUAAGAACUGUAGAGUUGGAUGGGAAGACAAUAAAGUUACAAAUAUGGGACACAGCAGGACAAGAACGGUUUAGAACUAUCACUUCAUCAUAUUACAGAGGGGCACACGGAAUCAUCAUUGUUUACGACUGCACAGAUCAGGACUCAUUCAGUAACGUGAAACAAUGGCUAGAGGAGAUUGACCGUUAUGCAUGUGACAAUGUGAACAAGCUGCUUGUUGGAAACAAGUGUGAUCUCACCACUAAGAAAGUUGUCGACUAUACCACAGCUAAUCAAUACGCCGAGCAGCUGGGCAUACCGUUCCUGGAGACGUCGGCGAAGAACUCGACCAACGUGGAACAAGCUUUCAUGACAAUGGCGGCGGAGAUCAAGGCGCGUGUUGGCCCGCCGUCUGCCGGUGCGCCGCCCGGGGCUGCCGUCAAAAUUGACCAGGGACGUCCCGUCGACACCGGGAAAUCCUCCUGCUGCUGAAUGCCCCCACGGCUGGCGGCGAGACGCAGAGCAAGUAGAUGUCGCAGGCGCCGGCCGCCACACCCGAAAAAUAACAAAUACAAUUACCACAAAACGUUUCACGAUCGCAUCCUUAUUAUAAAUAAAUGAUUAAUUUAAAGUAACAAAGUUUUCGGCGCAAUCGGGGCGCCAUUACGUUACGUCGUAAGCUAACUUCUCCUAAGUUGCUAUUGUCCGAUAUAUCGUUAGUUAAAAGAAACGAAGUGAAAUGGAUGGGUGUAUGUUUAUACAUGUUUAUAUAUAUAUAAUGAAUAUAUUAGGUUAAUUUUGUGCUGUAUUCCAAAAUGGGGAUCAUUCAAUGCGAUCCAACUGCGAGGAACAUGUACACACAAGCAAUCGACCGAGUGUUGUAUGAAGACGGAGUGACGCGUAGGCAACUCGCGAUAGUUCGUAGUUAAAUGUAAAUUGAAUCGAACAUUCGCGAAAUCCUCUCAGUGCUGUCCAUUUAUUAAACUAGGCUUAUUUUUUUAAUUUUUAAUUCAGCUUUGUCACUUUGUUUCACACCACGGUACUAUACAUAGGAAAUUUCUCUCUGCACUGAGUGUUAUUCCUUAUAUAUACUUGUAUAACUUCGAAAGUUCUGGGCUUGUGCUGUUCGAAAUUUUGUGUUAGACUUCCAAGUUCGCGACUUUUUAACACAAAAUUGUAGAUAUAGCAUAUUUGCCUUAGGGAUUUUAGGCUGAUAUAUAGAAAUUUAGUGGCUGUCGAUUCGAUUGGAAAAGGGAACAUAGUUUUAAAAGACAAAUAAAAAUACCUACACAUGUCACAGCGGAAGCAUGUGAUAGAUUGGCAAAAAUACAAUGAUCCAGAGGUUCAAAUAUCGGUAACAUGUUUCGUACUCACUCGUACUAAUGUAGCACACACAGAGAUAUUUGGAGUAUUGUAUUUGGAUAUAGAUUAUUUUAUUGUCUCGCAAUCUUAUAAUGUUAUUUACUCAAGUCGUUAUUUUUAUACUAUUAUGUCGAGAGUUAAGUUCACCUACUUAAAUCAAUCCGCUAACCCAUUGUUAUUCUGUAAUGAGGGUUUCUUAGAAAUUAAAACAGUAUGCUAUUUAAAAGAUGUUUUAUUUUGGACACUGUGCGAUGUUAUCUUAUACAUAUAUUUUAUUAUUUGCUACAUUCUUCUUCAUUAUCAGAUCAUAAGUCAGUAAGUCUACUGAUGUACAUGAAACUUCUUGUUGUAGGAAUAUACCUUAAGAUAAAAUAAGAUUUUUUAUUUACUAAAACGUGUGAGAUAUAUGUUGUGUUAUUAGAAUCAACAUGUCUUACCGAUAUUCGGUGUGUAAAAUUUAAAUGUCAUGGGGCCUAUGCACCAUCGGCCAUGAUGAACGAGUACUAGCGAUCACGAUCGUAUAGAGGGCAUAAUCGCCUAUAAUUGCUCAUGAUCGAGCGUAAUGGCCGCUGUGUCGGUUUUUCGAACAAACAUCAAAGGAAGUUCGGCCAUGAUCGUGCGCGCGUCCACAUGAUCGCCGAUGCCCUACAACCUUACCUGCUUACCUUGUUCUAUUUCGGUGUUCACCUUAUUGGCUUCCUUUUUUUUCACCAUUAUUUUAAAGUGUACAUUUAAAGAAUGGUUAUAUUAUAAACUAGUUAAAUAAAAUAGCGGCAGCUGCUACUGUUUCAACCUCCUUCUCGGACAGAUGACAAUACAAAUAAUAUGUAGGAUGCACGACUGUGUGGGCAGUCACAGUGAUUGUGACAAUAAUACCCCAUUCUGUGGUUAUCUUAAAACUACUUGAUGGAUUUUCGUGCAGUUUUCACGAUCAUUUAACCGGUUCAGUGCGGGUAACACGCCAGGCGUGCCAUCAAUUACAUUUGUAUGUGGCGUAUGACUCGCUCAAAUUGCUUUUUUGGAAAAUGUAUCCAGAACAAAAUAUUCAUUAUUUUGCGAGUAGUUCAUGCAUGCAGCUUCGUUUCUGGAUAUUUUGAAAAUUUGAAAUUGUUAGGGGUUGACAACCUUUUUUUAACGUGUACAUGGUACUAUUUUUACUUUGUGGGUUUUAAAUCAUGUUAUGGAAAAAUUGUCUAAUAAGUAACAAAUAAUAGCACUCAUUGCGAUCGCUCACAAACUCAAGUUGUAAAUAAAUUUCUGGAAAACAAGUCUCCUGUUAAAAAAAAACAAUGCGUUUGUCUCAUUGUUUAAUUUUGCUUAAAAUGCUUGAACUGCCGUCAUAUUACUAUCAUAUGGCCGAAUAAACCUACGAAGUACCAUGUGCUCUUGUGAUAUGGUAUGAGGUUUAUUUUUGCUUGAAAUAGUUCGAAACCGUUCAUGCAUAAAAAAAGUUCGCUAAUAAAUAGUCUUUUGUCAAUCCGCCGCCGUAUAGCGCCGGCGUUUUUUUCCUUUUGAAAACACUUGUUUUGCUAUUCUUACUAAUUAGACGUUUUCAGAUCGACUUUACUUUUACAUUUGUAUAACAUUAAAUAAUACUUAACAUUUGUAAAUAUCAAUGAAUGAUAUACCUUAUUUUUUUUUCAAAUUAAGGUUCUUGAUUGUUUGAUAUUUACAAAUGUUAUUAUUAGGUGAAAAUAUAAUUUUAAAAAAAACCAAGGUUUCCAGGGUGAUUUAGCUGUACCUACUUAUAUAAAUGAUUUUUUUAUAACAACAAAAGGUUUGUAAUCUCUUCAUAAAAAAAGUCACUUUCUCUCAAUUUCAAAGAAAACGCGUAAAAAAACAUGUAGUUACCCACUAAAAACAAGUAUCCUUCCAUUUGUAACUUAUGUUUGAUGUCAAAUAAACUUAAUUAGGUCU